AUGCCGGACCUGUUUAGGCCUGAAGACCAGUUCAGAUGCUGCAUGUACCUUCAUGUACGCACCGGCACUAUCGUUUUGGGAGUACUUCACAUCCUCAUACAGUUGGUGGUCGUUUCUACACUUCUUAUGGCCGCUUUGAAACAUGACGUUGCGAGCAUUAAAUCACCAUUUGGGCAAAGUAUUACUAACUGCCAGCCUCAAACCCCGCCAAGAGAUGUAUUUUACAUGCUCAUGCAUAUCGUCCCAGGCUUUACAAUAUUCCACCAGUCCCAUGCUGAUUUUGCACGACGAUUUCAAAUCGCAAACUUCACUCAUCGUACCACUCUUGAAGCAAUUCCAAAGGAUUCCAGGCCUGAUAACCUGUUUAAACUUCUAAUGGGAGAAGUAAACGAUCAGUCUAAAGACAAACCCAAGGAAGCGGUGAUUGAACAAGAGCCAGUGGCAGUUCAAAAGAACAAUGAAGUUACUCCCACUCCCUCCCAAAAAUCUGAUAUUUUGGAAAAUUUUAAACCAAAAGCACCAGAGUUGCUAAAAUGCUUCGAACGCCGCUCUAACACCUAUUUCUCUCUAUGCCUUGCUCUAAUAUCACUUGCUUUUGGAUACUUACUUGUUCAUGGUGUUAUUUCUCGUCAACCCGCUCACCUCCUGCCAUUUUUCUGUCUCCAAGUCUUUGAUUUCGUUGUUGCUCUAAUCUGCAUGCUUGGGUAUAUGUCAUCAGCGUCUGAUAUCAGCCACUGGCUAAGAAUGAAAAUCGCCGAUCAGGAGGGGGUAUCGGCUUCAUCAAUUCGCUUAAACUCGACAUCCGUCUCUCUGAUCCUCAUUUCCGCCUCUUGCCUCAUCCUGGCCUUCAAAGCUUACUGUGUGGGUAUGGUAUGGGACUGUCACCGCUAUCUCCUUAUCACGAAUCGUCAUGGCGGCAUUCUACCUCCACCCUCCGCCUCCUCUAACUUCAUUCCACGUUUCGCCGCUUUCACGCCCUUCUUCGGUCGUAGGCGUGGUCCUCUUCUACUUAUCCAUCGGCGUGGGCGUGAUUCGAGUGAUACUAGUGGUGACCUGCCCGAUUUAAGCACCUUUGAUGGGACUCAUGCGGGUGUAUUCGUGGACGCCAUUCCUACUGAACCGCCGAAGGACUCGGGUCUACCCAAAUACGAGGAAGCGCUAAGCAUUCCGGCCAAUGCGUUCGCACCACCACCAUAUUUUGCAGCCAAAUCCUCACUCGUAGACACAGGAGUAACAGUGCCGCCAAUUUCCACGAGCAUCAAAGAGGAGUCGGAACGGAACGCGGAGAACAACAGUCCUGGCACCACGCACACAGCAUUCAAGCCAGACUUUAAUGGAAGAAGGAAAGACGACGAUUCGUCAAACGAUCCUAGCAUAGUCUAG